GAGAGACCACAAAUGUGUCAGAGAAAUGGAGGUCACUUAGGGUAAGUCUGUGGCAGUGCUGAACUGCUGCUGUUCCACUCUAAAAUCUGUGAGUAUAGUGAUCAGUGCUUCAUAUGUAACCAGAGCUGAAACCUUCAGAAGCUGCCACUGCAUACAGAUCAGCUCCAGACUGCUCUUAGACCUGAUCCAGCUGUUUACAGACGAAGAACACAAACUGGAACACCCUGUGGAAACAUUCAGGAGACAUUCUCUGACUGGAUUUCUUAUAGGACGACGACUGGAUAGCUACGGGAGUGGACAGAAAAGCUUGAUGCACCGGCCUGCAGUCACCAGAAGAGGGCGCCAGAGUCUGAUCUGAUCAAGUCGAAUUCAUGUGCAGAUUGAGAGUGGCUGAAUUCACAUUUAAGAAGUGUUACAGGGCAUUUUUAUAGUAUUUCCCAGAGACAAACAUAGAAAAAAACAUUACUAGUAAAAAAGUGAACAUAGAGUGGGACAGUGGGACAGGGAUGCUCACCUAUCUCCAGGCAUGUCCCAGUGGCAGCUGCUGUAGCAUAUUGGAUAACAACACUACUCACUCCCUACUAGGAUUCAAAUUCCAGAAUCUAAUAAGACUCCUUGGACAAGACUCUUUAUGCUACAGUCACCUACCUGUUUAAUAUGACUUAAAUGUCAGUGACUUUAGUUUAGAAAAGAGUGUCAGCUAAAAGCCAUAGACGUAAAUGUACAAUGUGAAGAAAGCUACUUGUGUAGCAAAGCAAACACUCACAGAGUGUAAGAAUGUUGUCUCAAAUAGCACUAGGUCUGACUUUAUCUCUUCUCAUCCUGCUAACGGUGUGUGGGAACGUGCUGGUGUGCCUGGCCGUCUUCGCCACGCGGCGCCUUCGCAGCGUAACCAACUGCUUCAUCGUCUCUCUGGCUGUUACUGACCUUCUUCUGGGUGUCCUUGUUCUCCCGUUCUCCACCCUCCUGGAGGUCACUGGUGACUGGCCACUUGGGGCGCACUUCUGUAACAUCUACAUCUCGCUGGACGUCAUGCUGAGCACUGCCUCAAUCCUCAACCUGCUUGCUAUUAGCGUGGACCGCUACUUCGCUGUAACCGCACCCCUGCGCUACCCUACACUCUUGCUGCCAUGGCGAGUAGGUGCGUCUUUGGCUGCGAUUUGGCUGGUGUCCAUUGGCGUAUCCUUUGUACCUAUUCACCUCGGCUGGAACACAGUGGACCGUACAGUGCAGAACCACGGUGAGGGGGACCUGGCCCGAGAAUGCCGAUUUGAACUGAACCCCACUUAUGUGCUGGUUGAUGCUGUUGCCACUUUUUACCUCCCCCUGGUGGCCAUGUGCUGGCUGUACUACAGGGUGUUCCGUAUAGCACGGGCACAGGCCAAACGAAUCGUGUCAACACAUCGAGGCUCCAGUGCUGCCUUCAGUUCUUCGUCUUUGCCUGGAGUGACUGCAUUAGCACUGCGCGAACACAAAGCUACAGUGACGCUAGCAGUGGUGCUGGGCGCCUUUGUCAUCUGCUGGUUCCCAUAUUUUACAUUUUUCAUCAUUAUGGGAAUACGAGCUGAGAAGAAUCUUCCAAGGACAGCUUACUCAGUGGUGCUGUGGUUAGGAUACACUAACUCCGCCCUAAAUCCCCUCCUCUACGCAGCCCUCAACAGAGACUUCAGAUCAGCUUAUGGCAGGCUGUUGUGUGGUUCCAGAGGGGUUAAAACACCCACCGGGACACCGCCUGGAGCUGUGGAGGUGGGGCUAAUGGAUGGACACACCCCUAGUGGCAACAGGGUGGAACUUACACCCGAUGGCUGUCUGAUGCUGCAGGACAUGAACACAAGGAGGAGCGAGGAUAGCAAUGGGAUAACUGUCACCAUGAUUACUGUCCUGUCUAAUGGCCACAACAGGUAUUGGAAGUACAAAACCAUACACCUCUGAGGUCAGGUACCAAAAUAUGCCCAAGUAUGGAAUUAUGGCUAUGUGUCAAUUUUCCCAAAUGGAAACAUAAUUGGUGUUUCAAGAUACUUCUGAAAACACACAGACAAACACAUUUAUAAGUCAUCUGCCUUAUAAAGCUGUAAAUUCAUGUAAAUCCUACCUACACUCAUGGACAAAACUGUUGGUACCCUUCCAACCCUUUAAAAAAAUAUCAGUUUCCACUGAUAAAACUUGAAACUCUCAACAUUAAUAAUAUAAUAAACAUUCACUAAAACUCAACUAAUUAAAAUCAGACAUUGGUUUUAAAUUGUGUUCCAACAGAAUCAUUAAAAAACAAACUAAUGAAACUGACCUGAACAAAAAUGACGGUACUUUUAAUAUUUUUGUCGCACCAUCAAGCGAUUUCUAUAACUCCAUAGACCAUAAUUUAUUAUAGUAUACCUAUUAUUCUAUUAUUAGAAUGGUACCAACACUUUUGUGCACAUUCUACAUACAUGCAACAAGAAUGUGCCACGCUUUAUUUUCCAUGUGGGAAAACAACCUGGCUGAUUUUCCUGAAGGCAAAACUGAAUAACUUGGUCCUCUCUAAACUGCAUAUUUCUCAUUUUAACUUAGUCUAUCUAGUGAGGUUGUUUAAGAAAUGCUUUAUGGACAAAAGUAUUGUGUCACCUUGCCUACUUAUUCAUCAAGGGUGUUUACAUGUCCUCAAUAAUCUAAAAGUUUUGGCAGAAAGCCAAUCAAUAAGUUUACAUGCACUUGGUUAUUCAGAUGAAUGGUAAACUGCAUUUUCACAAGUCAGGCAAUAAUCAGAUUUCCAGUAGCCAGUGAUCUUACAGAAAGAUGUGAUGUGAACUUAAGAUUUCCUACUGCAUUUUUUGUAUACAUAGACCCACUUUACUGGCAAAUAUACAUCUUAUUUUUUACUUACUUAUAGUAUAUAGUAUAGUAUACUGCUGCAAAGAUGGAGACUAAGCUAAAAAUCCAUGUAUCAGAUUUACAGGGGUUGGACAAUGAAACUGAAACACCUGAUUUUAGACCACAAUCAUUUAUUGUCCCGAUGGAGAGCUCUGGUGGAAACAGGAGAGUUGAGGUGCACAUUGAAUUCUGUCAUGAUUUGGGCAGCCAUGGUUUUAUGUUUUCUGAAUAAAAUCCAGGUUAGCACCCAAACAUCCCUUUCAGAAAGCUUCCUCUUACCGCGUCCACAGUUAAUCCUGUUGGAUGUGGUUGGUCCUUCUUGGUGGUAUACUGACAUUACCCUGGAUAUUGUGGCUCUUGAUACAUCACAAAGAUUUGCUGUCUUGGUCACAGAUGCUCCAUCAAGACGUGCACCAACAAUUUGUCCUCUUUUGAACUCUGGUAUUUCACCCAUAAUGUUGUGUGCAUUGCAAUAUUUUGAGCAAAACUGUGCUCUUACCCUGCUAAUUGAACCUUCACACUCUGCUCUUACUGAUGCAAUGUGCAAUUAAUGAAGAUUGGCCACCAGGCUGCUCCAAUUUAGCCAUGAAACAUCCCACACUAAAAUGACAGGUGUUUUAGUUUCUUUGUCCAACCUCUGUAAAUAUAUGAUUUCUUUUUUAAUCGGCUUUCUAGAUCAUAUUCUGAAUUUUAAAAUAUCAGCACAUGCUGUUUACUUCACUAUCAGAUAAUUGCAAUUAGUUCAAAUAUGAUGAUGGGUGUAACUUUAAUUAAGUUAGAAGUUAAUAGUGGCAUAAAUUAGAAGGUGUGUCCACAAACAUUAUUGUGUUUCAGCAUCAAAAAACAAAGAUUACAUUUAUUUCUCUAUCUUUAUC